UAACACCCUUCUCAUCAAUUACUCGUUUUCACGGAAUGUGACGUCACCGGUCAAUAGUCUUUUUUAACAGUCGAUUUUAACAGGUCCAAUCCAACAGUUCCAGCCCAACAGUUAAAAAGCUGGACUUUUUUUUUUAUAGAGCUAUAGAGAAAUUGUUUUACAGGGGUAUAACAAAUACAGGUUGAUAGGAGCAAACAAUUCAUUUAAGAAAAGUAUGAGUCGGUGAUGAAGCGAUAGGUAAAUGAAAAUAUGUACGAAUUUUGUUCCACCUUCUUAUCUAGACUAAUUAUUAUAUAGAUACUAUAAAAACAUGCGAUGAUUAUAAUUACAACACAGACGGUUAGAAUCAGAUUUAUUCAUAUAGCUCCAUAGAUUGAUAUAUUAAACACGUUGGACAGUAGAAAUCAAAUUGACACGUUUACAUCAAAAUACAGAAUAUAACGUUAUAGUCAUCUUCUUAACUGUAUUUUUGAAAAUUAAAUGGUGGUUACCGUGUUCGAUAGAAAUGCGUGAAAAUUUUUUGUGUAUUUUGCCUACACACGGAACAUACCCGCUAUGUAAAUAUAGUCGUCUACGUAAUGUGUCUAUAUGACUCUUCAAGCGAUACGGAUAUUUAAAGGUCCUUUCCACGUUAGGUAAUAAUCCCGCUAUUUUUCAACAUCCUCUUUUUACGUACUUUUUCCAAGCCAGGACAAUUCUAACAUCAAAUAUAAAUUUCAAAACAUUAUUUUCAAUUAGAAAUAGCACAUACAACAAAAAAUUAAUGCACAAAGUAUGAGACCACCACAGAAGUACUGCACGUCGGCCCCGAGUUUCAGGAGUGCAAUCGAGUGUAACGACAUUGAAGGGUGUGACGGUGCCUAUUUAUGAGUGCUGUUCAGCUUUACAGUGAUUUUGGUCAAAACGGGCACGACCCCUGUGGUGUGGACUAGAAAAGUGAACAUAGUUAUUCUAUCCCAAGGAGAAAGAAACAGAAACGAGCCAUGGGUCAUUUCGUGAUGGUAUUUGUUUUGUUGCUGACUGCUCUACCUAUAGUGUUCUCUGAUUGUCGAGCCCGGAAUGAUUAUGGUGCUGGGAAAUACUGUACAGACAGUUCAACAGAUUUUGCCGAAGAAGUUCGAAUGUUACUAAUUGGAAAAACUGGUUCCGGGAAAAGUACCACCGGAAACACAAUCCUUGGAUUCCGCGCAUUUAAGAACAGUGUUUCUGCAACUUCCAUAACGAAACAAACACAAUACAACGAAACAAUAAGAUUUGGCAAAAGAUUGAUCAUAGUUGACACACCUGGCCUCUUCGAUACAAAUCGAACAACACAAGAAAUCUUGGUAGAAAUGACGAAGUGGUACACACUUGUAUCUCCCGGGAUUCACGCCAUUCUUCUUGUUGUACAAGUGGGGCGAUUUACUGAGGAGGAACAGAAGACGGUAGACUUUUUUAUGAAUACAUUUGGCGAUGAUUUGAAGGAUUUUUUGGUUGUAGUAUUCACACAUAAAGAUCGUUUAGAAGAUAACAAUAUGACCAUUGAUGAUUUUGUUCAAACGAUGGAUAACUCCUCUAAUCUUCGAAAACUGAUUAAUAAAAGCAAGGGUAGAUACACCGCUAUUGGGUAUAAAGGACAAAAGGAGGAUCGCGAGAAGGAAGUGAAACAUAUUCUAUCUAUGAUUGAUGGUAUCAAAGGAAAAGAUGGGCUGAACUACUACUCAAAUGAUGUGUUUAAAACAGUACAAAAACUUGAAGAAAACGAGAGGAGAAGAAGGGAGGAAUUAAAAAUGAAAGAAAAAAUGUACAGGGAGGAAGUAUUCCGGACUGAAUAUCGAACACAAAUCGUAAACAACAAUAUCCAGAAUGAGUUACUGGAAAUUCGAAUGUUACUUAUUGGGAAAACGGGAGCAGGAAAGAGUAGCACAGGGAAUACUAUCUUGGGGAAUAAAGUGUUUUCGACGUCCUCAGCCUCCAUUUCUCACACUGAUGAAGUUCAAUAUGGUGUUGUUGAUAGAUUCAAUAGAAGACUUGUUGUGAUUGACACACCGGGAAUAUUCGAUACCGGCAAAGACUCAAACGAAACGUUUGCUAAAAUUGAAGAAUUUUCUAGUGCCAUCAAUUUUGACACUCCGGGAUUAUUUGCUUUUUUACUGGUCAUAAAAAUUGGUCGAUUAACUGCUGAGGAGGAAGAAAGUGUCCGAAUUUUGACUGGCCGAUUUGGCGAACAAAUAAAGAAAUGUUUAAUAAUUCAGGAUAAGAGAGGAAGAAAAAUGAAAAAAAUCAUGAUCAAAUUUCUUUUCGUCUUGACUGCACUACCCAUGGUAUUUUCUGCGUGUAAAACAUCAAAUGAUGAUGCUGUAGGCGAAUAUUGCAGCAACAGUCCACAUGAUAUUGACGAAGAAAAGCGUAUUUUAUUAAUUGGAAAAACCGGCGUUGGAAAGAGUACUACCGGUAACACAAUUUUAGGAUUUCGUGCAUUUAACACCAAAGUGUCUGCAUCGUCCAUCACGAAACAAACACAGUACAACGAAACAAUACGAUUUGGCAAAAGACUGGUCGUGGUUGACACACCUGGGCUCUUCGAUACAAAUCUUACGGAACAAGAAAUCAGUUUAGAAUUGGCCAAGUGGUACACACUUGUAUCUCCCGGGAUUCACGCCAUUCUUCUUGUUGUACAAGUUGGGCGAUUUACUGAAGAGGAACAGAAAACGGUAGACGUUUUCAUGAAAGCAUUCGGUGACGAUUUGAAAGAUUUUUUGGUUGUAGUAUUCACACAUAAAGAUCGUUUAGAAGAUGAAGAUAUGACCAUUGAUGAUUUUGUGAAAACGUUGGAUAACUCGUCAAACCUACGAAAAUUGAUUGAUGUAACCAAUGGCAGAUACACCGCUAUUGGCUAUAAAGGACGAGAAGAGGAACGUGUAAAGGAGGUAAAACACAUUCUGUCUCUGAUUGAUGGGAUCAAAGGAAAAGAUGGGCGAAACUACUACUCAAAUGACGUGUUUAAAAGAGUCCAAGAACUUCUCGAAAAAAACGAAAGAAGAAGAAAGGAAGAAGAGUUACAAAAUAAAGAAAAAAUGUAUUCCGAGAGCGAGGUCACUAGACUUCUUCAGGCGGCUGCAGUUAGGUCAGAAACAAGAACACAGAUCGUUAAUAACAACAUCCAGGAGGAUUUAUUAACAAAGCUAUUAUCAACCGUAGGCAAUGGAGUUUUAGCAAUAGGUGGACACGCUCUUAAUGCGGUAGGGGCAGUUGCAUCGUUCGGUGGAAGAUUGAUUAAAUGGUUAUUUUCUUAAAUGUGUGGUUGUUUGAAACAAAACAUGUACUGUAAAGCAUCUUUCCGCAUACCUUUUUACAUGAUUUAUUCAUGACAUGCAACACUAUACGUUAUGUAAAAUAAUAAAAAAAGUUAGCAAAUAGCCAUGCUGUGGCCUUAAUGAGCACAAAUGUUUUGUAUAACAAAUUAUUCAUGAAUAAUUUUAUACCUAAAUACUGCGCAAUUUUUGUUUUAAAGCAGAGUGACAGAAUUAUCUACUUUAUGACCUGACAAUGUCUAUUUUAGCAGAAACAAAUUAAAUUGCGCAGUAGUCCUUAAUGAUGUUAUGCAACUAGGUGCAGAAUGCGGGCACAAUAAUAUCCAAACUGAGAGUAUAAAAGGAGUCCGUGUCCUCAUCGAUAACUCUGGUACUGUAUACUUAGUCAUGCAUUGCAUGUUUUAUAUAACCUGUGUAACCUUUUGAACCAUGUACCCAUGCAUAUUUCUCUAUAUGACCUUUCAUUAUUGCUAUUAGGAAUUUGAAAGGCUCAUCCCAAUACUAUAUGUAGGCAAUUUUGGUUAAUGUAUUUAUAGAUUAGAGGUAAAAUAAAACUUCGGAAUUUUAACCCUUAAUGUUCAUUCAUAAUCAUCACAGGUGGACAGAACAAAUCAAAACUGUCGGUCAUAGAUUUUUUACUUG